AUGAAGGUCAAUAGUUUUAUUAGCGCUCUGGCGUUGUUCGCUGCCGGAACUCGUGCAUACAAACAGCUCACUCCCCAACGUGUAGCAAGUGAUAUCAAAGCAGAAUAUCUCAACCAGACACUUCAAGCUUUAUACAAAAUUGCCCUCGACAACAGCAAUAACCGGGCCUUUGGACUCCCAGGUUACAAGGCAUCGCUUGAUUUUGUUCUUACACGUUUAGGCGGGGGUAACCAUUUUGAUAUUACUGUUCAGCCAUUCAAUCAUCUCUUUUCCCAAACUCGAAAGAUUGUCUUGACAGGUCCCGAUGGAGAACAUGUUGAUGCCGUCUCACUGCAGUACAAUCAUGCAACUCCUCUGCCUGGCGGCGUAGCUGCUCCUUUGGCUCUCGACCCCAUGGAUGAUGUUCGUGGCUCAGGCUGUUUCGAGGACCAGUGGAAGGGCAUUGACGUCCAAGGAAAAAUUGCCUUGAUCAAGCGUGGAAAAUGUCAAUUUGCAAACAAGCUCAAAUUGGCCAAGGACAACGGUGCUUCAGCAGCCGUAGUAUUCAAUAAUGAUCCCAAACAAACAGCGGGAUCUGGCUCCCUCGGAGCUGAGAACUUUGGUAAACUUGCACCAGUCGCUGUCGUCACGUACGACGAGGGAAAUCCUUGGGCCGAACGUCUUAGAGGAGGAGAGAACCUUGAGAUCAUUGCUGAUACCAAGGCUGGUGAUUCUAACAGUGUUGUGAUGCUGGGUGCUCAUCUCGACUCUAUUCAAGAAGGCCCUGGAGUUAAUGAUAAUGGAAGUGGCGUCGCCGCCUUACUCAGUAUCGCCGAGUCGGUCAAGAAGUAUAAAAACUUCAAAAACAAGCUUCGAUUUGCCUUCUGGGGUGCUGAAGAGAGUGGAAUGAUUGGAUCGACUUACUACGUUUCUAACCUGUCCAAGGAUGAGUCCAGCAAGAUUCGAUUUUACUACAACUACGACAUGAUUGCCUCUCCACAGCCUUACUACAUUGUGUAUGCCGACUCGGACGCACACAAAUCUGGCGCAAAAUACCUUUAUGAGUUUUUGACCGGCAAAGGGUAUCCUGCUAGGCGCUUUGGGGCGUCCUCUAACUACGUGGGGUUCCUUGAACUCGGCAUCCCUUUAUCUGGUAUCUUCACAGGGGCUGGUGCUCCUCGAGAUGCUUGCUAUCAUACUCUGUGUGAUGACAUCAAGAACAUCAACCAGGAAGCAUUCCUCAUCAAUGCUAAAGCUGCCGGUUACGCCGCCGCAAGUCUUGCCUUGAGUGUAGAUGAGGUACCUAUGCAUGAGAACUCAAGUGUCAACCCUUUGGACAGGCGUGGAGUAGCAAGAAAUAUCGUUCGUUGA